UGAUGAGGAAGCAGUCCUUCCCUGCUGAUGUCAUCGUUUCGCGCAUGUCGGGUCUGAUAUUUAAGAAGCGGCAUAAUUUUUUAGUGUUCAUAUUUUUCGAUCUAUGUGUAUACUAUAUUUAAGAUUUCACAUGUGUAGCUGAACUGCAUGCUGUUGUCCUGAUGCCUGACACCUGUCAAAAUGAGCACGUCACAUCUUAUUAAAUGUGUCACAAUCAUGACACUUCCUGAUAAGUGAAGAUCUUUGGCUUCAUCUAACGUUAACUUGACUGAUUUUCAAGUUAAAUUAUCUAGUGUAUUUGGGCAAUUUUUUUUAAAGGAUCAGAGAUGUUGAAUGUGCCGCAGUCUUUCCCUUCAGCAGAGUCCCAGCAGAGAGUGACAGCCAGCGGACAGUCCAGGAGCAAGGUGGCACUAAAGCCAGGCCACAGUCUCUUGGACUGGAUCCGACUGACCAAAAGUGGACGUGAUUUGACUGGACUGAAGGGUCGACUGGUUGAGGUCACAGAUAAUGAGUUGAAGAAACACAACAGCAGGAAUGACUGUUGGACAUGCAUUAGAGGUAUGGUGUAUAACAUCAGUGCCUACAUGGAUUUUCAUCCUGGUGGAGAGGCGGAGUUAAUGAGGGCUGCUGGGAUUGAUAGCACUGACCUUUUUGACCAGGUGCACAGGUGGGUGAAUUAUGAGUCCAUGCUGAAGGAAUGUCUGGUGGGGAGGAUGGCAUCAAAUCCCAAUCCUGUUAUUCAAGAGAAGACAGAGAAGAUGGAGAGCACUAAUUUGAACGGUCUAUCUAUUCCUCAACCCACGACACUCGAGCCCUUAGCUGCUCCUCUACCAACCAAAGAUCAUCGUCCUCGGUAUGAUUGGUUCCAGACAGAUGACACUCUAAACAUUAUUGUUUACACCAAGCGAAAGAUUCCCAGUUGUGGCUGUGCAGUUGUGGAUCUUCAGGAUGAUACUCUUCGAGUGGAGAUGCUCUUAGGGAAAAUGUCAUACCUGCUCCACUGGCGCUUGUUCAGUGAAGUUCAAGAAUGUGUUGACGUCCAGACAGCCCACUCUGUUGGUAAAGUUCAAGUGUGUCUGCGCAAAUCGGUUAAAGUCAAGUGGGCACAAGUCGGGCAGCCACUAGAACAUCAUGAUUCAUUUAUUCAGUGCAAAGAUCGUGGGCUGUUCUACAGGAAAUGUGUGUUGGUUUCAAAAACUGAAGUGACGCACAAUACCCAGGUCUUUUGUUUCCAGCUUCCCAGUGUGUCAUGCGUACAGGUUCCUGUGGGAAGACAUAUCUACCUCAAAACCUCUGUUCAAGGUACAGAUGUUGUGAAACCCUACACACCAGUGGACCAGACUCUUAUGUCACCUAUACAGUCCAGUGCAGAAAAUGGCUCAUAUAUACAUCUCAUGAUAAAGGUCUAUCCUGAUGGGGUGUUAUCACCACACAUCACCAACCUUCCCACUGGAGCCACUUUAUUAAUAGGUGGUCCUGAGGGCUCCUUUACUCUGCGUAUACUGCGCGAGGUUACUCACUUGUACCUGUUAGCAGCUGGCACAGGAUUCACACCCAUGGCUCGUCUCAUACGCCUGGCCCUCCAGGACUUCAACAUAAUCAAAAAAACCAAGCUAAUGUUCUUCAACCGUCAGGAGAGUGACAUACUUUGGCGUUCUCAGCUGGAUGAACUUUGUACAAAAGAGAAAAGGUUUCAGGUCGAGUAUGUUCUCUCAGAGCACAUAGACUCAUGGGAGGGCAGAAAAGGGCGGAUAGAUGCUCAAAAUCUGCAUGACUUCCUAGAAAGACCAGAAAACUCCAAGUGUUUAGUGUGUGUCUGCGGCCCCACUGGAUUCACAGAGCUCGCAGUGCAGCUGAUCAGAAACUUAGGUUUCAGUGAAGAGGAGAUUCACGCUUUUCUGGGCUAACCGGAACAUGUUACAUGAAUUUCUUACAUUCACGGACAGACUAUCUCUAUGCAUAAAAUGCACUUUGUCAGCCAAAACAAAUGUUAUCAUGAAACGGCAAUUAUACAUCCUUUUUUGGAAACAAUGAAGAGUGUGUACUCAUAGACUCUGAAAAGAUGCAGAAACAGCUCCUUGGACCAACAGAAAAACUUGACGUUUUUGUUGAAUGCUUUUUGCCCACUGGCUUUAUAUUAUUUAAGAAUCAGCCAAUAAAAUGCAUAAUGUUGACACAGAAAGUCAGCUGUAAUGUCCUAUGUCACUGUCAAGACUGUCAUGCAAUGUUUAGUACCUUAGCUAAUUAUUUUUAGGGUUAGUGGAAUGCAAAAAGACACUAUGGUUAUUUAUGUGCACACUUGCAGCUGAUAUUUGGAAAGGUAGUACAUCAGGAUGCAAUACAUAUGUGACUUUUCUGUAAGCAUUAGAAUUGAAUCUGUUUCAAAAUGUUAAUCUGAUUAUCAAAUAAAAAAACUUUAUCUCUUAUCUCA